AUGAUAACCCCUAUAGAUGACACAGUACGGGCCUACGGACACUCGAGCAUGGUGCUUGAUCGUACCGUAGCCGCAUUUGCUAAAAUGAGGUCAGAAGAUCCUGGUAUAACAGGCUUACUGCCUACCACUUUAUUGCAUGAUCUACUAGUGUGUGGCAACUCUAUCUCUCUCCUUCGAGCACUGGCUCCUAAGCAUCAGGUAUUGCUCAGCUUUGAAAAGUUUCCUGGGCUUCACUUUCCCGAAAAACAUUCUGAUAUUGAUAAAAUAAAGCAUUUAUCGGCCAAAUAUUUGGAAGAAGUACAGCUAACUAUCAGAAAGUCCUAUCCGGUUUGGCAAGUCAACUUUCUAGUUUUUUACUAUAAACUUGGCUGCCUUCUUAUACUCACUUUUUUCAUAUAUUACUCUCUCCACCUGGCUGUAAAACGCGCAGAUUUCGAGCGGAAACAGCGCGCAUUCAUCGAGCUUAAAGAGGCAGCUCGUCAGAACUUAGAAGCUAAAAAAAUAGCCAAAAUUAAGGAACGACAGCAAGAUAAUGCUGUGCUUGAUUCAAUGAAUCGGUCGGAAAAAAAGCGAGGCCUGUUAAUCGCGGAUAUCAGGGAUGAAUUAAUUCAAAAAUAUGCCGAGAUGACAGACGAAGUUGAUAGUCGAAUACGAACUUCUGAGUUUCGGGUCGGCCUCGACUUCGCCUCUUCUCACGAGCUGGGCUCAAAAGAAGGCAUCUCUCCAUCGGAGAUAUCUCAACUUUCUACUCCAAUUACUUCCCCGGAUAGCUUAUUAGUCUCUCAUUCUGAACAA